AUUGCGCAUGCGCCGCGUUUUCCUGCGCUGCAUAUCUGGUCAUCGGCUGGCGCCGGGGCUGUUUAUUGCUGCACGGCGCGCUGUCUGCGCACUCAGUACUUGACGUUUACAGACGCGCGAAGAAUAUGGUAGUUUAAAAAACAAACAACGAGGAACGAUGUGCGCCGCCGUUUACGUCCUGUCCGCCGUUACUGGAUACGUCCUCGCCUCGGCUCUUUUUCUCAAGUGUCCGUCUCUGUUGCAUCGGAGGAAGCGGGAGCAGUUCCUCAGCAGACACAUCUCCCACCGCGGCGGUGCUGGCGAGAACUUGGAGAACACAAUGGCAGCCUUUAGACACGCGGUGCAGCUGGGGACUGACAUGCUGGAACUGGACUGUCAUCUCACGAGGGAUGAGCAGGUCGUGGUGUCACAUGAUGCCAAUCUGAAGAGGCUCACUGGCAUUAAUGCCUGCAUUUCCGAUUUGCCCUAUGAUGCGCUGCCUCCAUACUUGUGCAAGCUUGGUGUGACUUUCCAAAGUGAGUCCUCCUGUGAAGGAGGUGAGGACAAGCGCAUCCCGUUGCUGAAAGAGGUGUUUGACUCCUUCCCAGACACUCCCGUCAACAUUGACAUCAAAGUCAACGACAACAUCCUCAUACAGAAGGUCUCAGAAUUAGUCAAGCAGUAUAACCGGGAGCACCUGACCGUAUGGGGCAAUGCCAGCAGCAAGAUAGUGCAGAAGUGCUACAGGGAGAAUCCCCACAUUCCCAUUCUGUUCAGCAUGAGGAGAGUGGUCAUGCUGGUGGGGCUCUUCUACACCGGCCUGCUGCCCUUCGUGCCCCUCAGAGAGCAGUUCCUGGAAAUCCCCAUGCCGUCCAUCAUCAGAAAGCUGAAGGGUCCCGAAAAUAUGACGAGAAGCCAGAGGGCAGCCGUCUGGCUCACCGACACGCUGCUGAUGAGAAAAGCCUUGUUUGACCACUUAACUGCAAGAGGAAUUCAGGUCUACGUCUGGGUGCUGAACGACGAGGAAGAAUUCAAGAGAGCCUUCAACUUGGGGGCCACUGGAGUCAUGACAGACUUCCCCACUAAGCUGAAGGAGUUCAUGGAGCAAAAUGGCAUGACAAGGUCCCACUGAGCUUCUGCCACACACUUAAGCUGCUGGACGUAAGAGCCCUGGUCUUCAGGGCCCUGCUUCAUGGUCUGCAGGGCGGGGUUUCCCCAUUCUUGGGGAACACCCAUAUGCACUAUAUUUUUAAAGCCAACCUCAUAAUGUCUUUAGCUUCAUUAUCUUGUGAUGAAACGUUUGUACUGACAUCACAUCUGACGCUACAGGUUCAUAUAUGCAUGUAUCACAGAAUAAAUUACCUUGACUUUUGUUAAGGCUGUGCCUACUUUAGAUACAUACUUUGCUGCUCGGAAAGGUGCAAAUAAAAAAACUGAGGCAA